GUUCAUCAAGGCGGAUACAGGCAUCCAUGUGGCCAACACUGCAGACUGAGAUAAGUAUUGAGGAAGAGCACAACACUACACUAUGGUUAUUAAAAGUACAACUCAUCCAUUUCAGCAAGACAGUCUUCAGGCUAUAAAAGUUUGACAGCAUGUGGUUCACAAUUCUUCUGCUUCAGCUUUUGCCUCCGUUCACCCUCAGCUUACGCUGUCCCAGCAGUUGCGUAUGUGACAUUAAGGGUUCGGCAAAAUGCACAGGGGACAUCACCGACAUACCAUCACUCGAUCGCGCCAUCACCUUCCGACUCCUCCUUAAUGACACCCGCAUACAAGUUCUCCAAGAACGAAGCUUUCAGCCCUUUGACCUUCUCCUGCGUUUGAGGAUUACCCAAGGCUCUCUCCACACCAUCCACCCAGAAGCCUUUUGUGGAGCUCCGCAGCUUCGCUCCAUCAAACUGUCAUCAAACGCUCUGUCUGUCUUCCCACCUAAAGUGUUUGCCGAGCUGAGCAACCUGCAGCAACUGCAUUUAGAUGAUAAUCAGAUAGUAUUCAUAAAUUCAGGAAUGUUUGAGGGACUGCUUAACCUAACCGAGCUGGAUGUCAGCAAAAACCACAUUUCUCAGUUGGACGCCAACAUUUUUCAGAGCUUGACCAAGCUGAGCUUUCUAAACCUGGCAGGGAACCGACUGAGGAACCUCCCACAAACCGUCUUCCACAACCUUAGGCAACUUAAGACCCUGGUGCUUUACUCCAACCAGCUAGAGACUCUUGAAAGAGGUUUAUUCGAUGACCUAAGCAACCUGUUGGAUCUCCUGCUACAUAAGAACCAGAUUCGAGAAAUACCUCCACAACUUUUCUGGCACAUGCCUUCCCUGCAAACCCUUUCGAUGUCAAGCAACCAACUCCAACUUCUUCCACCCAGGAGUUUUUACAAUUUGCCCAACCUGACCAAACUCACCCUGUACAAAAACCCCUUGAUAUCACUACCCAUUGAGCUGGUGGGUCAGAUGCCAAGGCUCCAAGAACUUUACCUUUAUGAAACAAAUCUAGUCACCGUCCCGGGGAACCUCUUUGCUAACAUGACUGGCUUAAAAUUGCUCCACUUACACUUUAACGAAAAUCUUACCACACUGCCCAAUGACCUGUUUUGUUGCCUGCCCAAGCUGAACAAGCUCUCCAUGAGACACAACAAGCUUAUGGAGCUGCACCCUGAUAUCUUCUCAGCUUUAGGUAACCUUCAAAUAUUAAUGCUUCAUGAAAACAAGCUCCAGUCUCUUCCGGCACAAAUCUUCCAACAUAACCCACGUUUACGUUCGCUUGACCUAAACAACAAUGAUUUGAGAUAUCUACCUGGAGAUGUCUUUGUACACGCUAGUGCACUAAGUUCACUCUCCCUUAGUGGCAACCAAUGGAUCUGCAACUGCAGCAUUAUAGGUAUUGCCGAAUGGAUUCAUGAAAACGCAAAGAUUGUGAAUGACUUGGAAAAAGGAGUAGCAUGCCAGGAACCGUACCAAUUGCGAGAUCAUCCGCUGCAGACCCUGACCUAUGAAGAUCUUCAAUGUGGUCAGAGUGUAUUCCCAACAUCUUAUAUGAUCUCAACUACUACUGCUACUUUACAAACCGAAGUAAACCUGACUUCACCAUAUCAACCAACAACUGAUAUAAGCACAACAACUACAAGUACUUCUCCUGUGACCACAUCUAACCAGCCAUUUACAAGUACUUUUACAGUAACCUCUCUGUUAUCGCCUACAAAUGAGGAGGUGAACAUUGGGUAUGUGUACAAAAACGAUCCAGGCUUUUAUGAUACGAUUGUCCUGGAUAAUGGACCUGAUAUUGUGCAUAACAAUUAUUACAAUGGUUGGGUGUACCUGUGGACUGUCCCGUCAACUGGACUAUACAAUGGUUUCAUGAUGGCUUUCUAUAUUGGUCUCUUGACCGUUGGUGUGAUUCUGAUUGUGGCCGGCUUGUAUGCUUUCUAUCGGCUCAAUAAGGUGAUGUGGAUUUUGGGGGAAGCUGGUAUCGAAGGCCAACAGAGGAUAAUGGCUCAAAGAUAUAAAUAGAGAGAGCUCAAAUGUCUUAAUUUACUCUUUAGCAAACUGUUCUUGUAUUUACAUCUUUUUAGGGAUAUUGUAACCUAAAUUAUUAUAUAGGCCUACAUUCUGUAUAAUAUAAACUGUAAAAAAUUCAUUGUUGCACUAAAUUAUUAUUUAAAGUUCACAGUAAACUUGAAUUAACAAGUCAUUUCAACUUUCUUGACUAGUGAGGAGUUGGUAUAAAUUGAAAAACAAUAAAGUUGAAUAGUAUGUUAUUACAACUUAAUUAUUUUAAUUUAUAACAACGUCUAAUUAGUCAAAAAAAGUUUAAAUGACUUAUUAAUUCAAGUUGUUUAAACUUUUUUAUAGUGUAGGAAUUUUGGGGUAAAACUACUAGUAAAAAACACAUUUAAUGGUAAAAAUAAAGCACGUUUGUAUUCUUAAUUCAUGCAUAUAUUUUUUUAAACAUAUAUUUUAUGUCAUAUUUUUGUCUUUCUUUUUUGCUAAAAUGCAGAUGCAUGUGAGGCCGUGUGACAGUAGUUCCCAUUUAUACAUGACAUUCACUUAUUAUGAAUCAUUUGUUUCCUUAUACAAACCUGAACUGAACCUGCUAUAAUCUCCACAUUCCAUUGAGUUAUAUUCAUAUGACUGAUGUGUACACACCUUUGUUGGCUGUUAGUUUAAGUGUCACAACAAAUAAAACGUUUCUCCACCUCCUGUACCGAUAGCAUUGUCAUAUGUGCCACCUGCUGGAUGAACACCAUAGAGCAGAGGUUAUUUGCA